AUGAAUAUUUUCCGGCUUCUCGACCUGUUCUGGAACUUUACCGGCUCCCUAUACAACACCAUUUUUAAGAUUCUGUUCAUCUCUUCUUCUGCGUACACGAUUUAUUUGAUGCUCAACGAUUAUAAGCCAACCAACGACCCCAACAUUGAUACCUUCAAAGUUGUAUACCUUCUCGGCGCCAGUGCUGUCCUAGGAAUAUUAUUACCCUAUAAGUACACAGCCUCCGAGAUUCUCUGGGCCUUCUCAAUCUGGUUGGAAUCGGUCGCAAUCUUACCACAGUUGUUCAUGCUUCAGCGAACAGGCGAAGCUGAAACAAUAACGACCCAUUAUCUCUUCGCGCUAGGCAUAUACCGUGCUCUGUAUAUUCCCAACUGGAUCUACCGAUACUUCUCCGACGGAUAUUUUGAUCCUAUCGCAGUGGUUGCCGGUAUCAUCCAGACCGUUCUUUACGCAGAUUUCUUCUGGAUUUACUUCCACAAGUCAGUAUUCAAGGGCGGUUAUCAUGCCCCGGGUCCUCAAGGGUCAGAAAUUUUCGCUACCUGUAUAAAUCAUAAGGCCAUGUUUCAGGAGGAGGUGGGCUUCAAGAUUUCUACAAUGUGCCUUGAUACCUACUACCAAGGAGGAUGA